AUGCCCAAGGUUCGUUUCCUGCAUCUCCGCCAGAACAGCAUCCUCUACUCCCAUCCCAGUUCCCCACACGGGCCUCAUGGCGGCAAGUUAUGUCCUGAAAUGAUACAGCUCUGUGCCCCUCGCCGUGCGCAUAUACGUGAGCCCCGUAGAUGCCUAACCCAGAUCCGCCACAAUGCCUCUGCAGAUCUGUGGUUCACGGCGAAUACGCCAGAUUACUCGUUUACAGGCAGUCCCCAACGAUGGAGUAUGGGGCUAGGCAAUGAUAAUGGUAACAGGAACCAUAAGCCGCCGGAUGAACGUAUAUUAAAUCUUGGGAAAACUCUCCGCAUCCUCUCUUCCCAUCUCCCAAGUAUUCUCAUCAAUCCACUACCCCAAGAGAUUCUUUCUCCAAACAUAUCUCUCCAUUUAUUCCCUUCAACACAUCCCCACCUCCCCACAGUCAAAGGCAGAGUACCCUACCGUGCAGCACUCUGGACGGCACCAGUGGCCUGGGGAAGUGUUCCCAUAGUUGGCAAUGUUAGGCUCGAGAUCAUGAGCGAGCGGAUGGUUAACGCACCGUCCAUCGUAGCCUAUGAUGACGAACAUAGAUACGGAGAUGAGAAACUAGUUGUCCGCUGGCGAACAGAGGGCGGCAGCUCUGAUUCUCCCAGCUAUUUUAAAAAGUCAAAUGAUAGCGAUUCACCACCUACCAAUGGAGUGAUGGCGAGGAAUUCCACCACUACCAACGGAGAGUCCGCAAACAAGUCAACAACGUCAGCAUUAUCAUCUUCAUCGAACGGGACGAAUCGUGGCCUGAGUAAGUUGCUAGGCGGAGACGCACCGAUUUUCAAGCUGGGCAAGGAAGAGCAAUUUAGCGGUUUGUUUAUUUUCCUGUUCGAUGAUCAGGGCCGUAUUGCCAGCCACACCAUUGAACAUGCGGAUGAGAGUAAUGGGUGGGAUAGAACAGCUAGGGUUGUCACCUUGACUGACUGGCUGCUGGGGAAGGCCAAAUGGGGGGGUUCUCGGGGUGAUGCAGGCCCCACGCCGGCGCUCGCUGUGGGUUUGGAGCUUUCGCAGCGGAAUCAAAUGAUGUUCAAGAAGGGGUCUAGACAUAUUUCUGAAUAA